ACACUCUAUGUAUUUCAUAGUUCUUGGUUUGUGAACACUGCUGUAGCAGUCGUAAUUUCAUUUUAAUUAGUCAUGGAUAGUCAUGGAGACAUCUGCCUUGAAUUUGGCGCAUGAAAAACAAAGGAGAGCAGAGGCAUUAUUGCGUGAAGGAAAGUUUGAAGAAGCAGCAAAGUGUCAUGAAACUGUAGCUGAUCUCUUGGCAGAGGCUCAUGCGCAGCUUGAAUCCAAUCUUCUUCAUGUGCAUGGUACAGCUUUGUCUUCUCAUGAGAAGUCAAAAUUUCUAACAUCAGCGAAUUCACUUGUUACUUUAGAAUCUCUCAGCUUACAACGAGACUAUCAUAAAAGACAAGCAGCUGUUGUCAGAAUGAAACAAGCACAAUAUGAAGAGUAUAAAACAACAUUAGAAAAUCAUCAGAAAGACCUUCUUAAUAAACAUGUAGUUAAAUAUAGCGAAAAAGAUAAUUGCACAGAGAUAAGAAUUGAUAAAUAUGAUGGUUCUCUACGUCAAGCCAUAUACAAAACUAUUGACGAGCAAGAUAGUCUUUUGAGUUUGAUAUCUCUACCUGAUGACAAUGAAAAAACUUUCAAACAUCCAAAAGACACAGGCACUGUUAUAGAAGAACUUAGAACUGUCAAUAGCCAAUUGCGAUCUCUUGUAGGAAGUUUACUUAGCCAAUUAGAAGCAAAGGAUGAAGAGGUGCGUCAGUUAACAGAACGUCUUUAUGCAGUUUCUGUCAACUCUAAUGAUGAAAUCAGACCAGAAGAACAUUCUCUAUGUCUUGCGCCAUUACCACCUUUAACACCCCUUGAAAUGCCACUUUUUGAUUUUACAUCUUCGUAAAUUACAGAUUUUCCAUAUCUAAGAUAUAUUUCAGAAAGAUUUACAAAAGAAUUUUCAAACAAAAUUCAAAUUAUAAUUAUAUAUAAAAGAUUAUGAUAUGUAUAUAUAAGAAAUCA